CACAAUCUGUGGUAAAAAAAUUCGGGCAGGCGAGCCGGCCGGAUCGCUUUGUACCAAAUUUUUAUAAAUUUCGCAUUGAUUUGUUGUUUUAGAUAUUUAUUUCAGGGGUAAAGUAGCGUCACCAUUGCAAUAUGGCUCAUUUUAAAUUAAUAUGCUCGACGAAAGCUUCAGAUGUAAUUCCUGUUAAUAAAUACGUGUCGGAGAAGACUGGUUUAACCGUAAUCAUAGCAGAAACCGAAGGACCCCUUGUGAAUGGAUUUUUCUGUCUUGCUACGGAAGCCCACGAUGAUGAUGGCCUACCUCAUACUUUGGAACAUCUCAUUUUCUUGGGUUCCGAAAGAUACCCCUAUAAAGGCAUAUUGGACCUCCUGGCGAAUCGGUGUAUGGCCCAUGGAACUAAUGCAUGGACUGACACUGACCACACAUGCUACACUAUUUACACCGCUGGGGAUGCAGGAAUGCUGACCUUGUUGCCGAUAUACUUGGACCACAUUUUGAAUCCAACUCUCACCGAACAUGGCUUUUUAACCGAAGUCCACCAUAUUGAUGGUGACGGAGAGGAUGCUGGAGUGGUAUAUUGUGAAAUGCAGGGACGGGAAAAUAAUGCUGAUAGCAGGUGUGAACUGCGUUUGCUUCGAGCAAUGUACCCAGACAGUGGUUAUUCAGCAGAGACUGGUGGAAUCAUGAACAAUCUCAGGACUUCCACUGAUAAUACUAAAGUAACCAAUUUCCAUAAGAAGUUCUAUCGUGCAGAAAACCUCACGAUCAUUCUCACUGGACAGAUCUCGGCUGAAGAUGUGUUCAAUGCAAUAGCCAUUGUGGAGGAUGACAUCAUUGCAAAGAGAGCGAAGGAACCGCAGGAAGAUUGGGUGAAGCCAUGGCAGACCAUCCCUCCUAUGCCGAAGUAUGGAGAACUCAAGGAGCAGUGGCCCGCAGACACCGAGGACUGUGGUCAGGUGCUGUUCGGCUGGCGCGGGCCCAUCUUGCUAGAAGACAACGCUAUGAAAGACCUGACAGGGUGUGCGGUUCUACUCCGCUACCUCUGUGACACGGCCGCGGCGCCGCUGCAGAAAUGCCUGGUCGAAAGGGAAGACGCCCUCGCCGGCGAUGUCUCAUACAACCUGACGGAGAAUAUCGCGUCACUCAUCAAGAUCGAACUAGACAAUGUGCCCAUGGACAAGCUAGAACUGGCCAGAGACGAGGCUCGGAGGUGCCUAGGAGCGGUCAGGUCCGGCGAGGAGCCCAUAGACAUGGACAGGAUGAAGCGACUGCUGAAGAAACAGCUGAGAGAGAGCCUGGCUAGUCUGGAGGCGGACCCGCAUCACGCCGUGGCGUUCAGGUGCAUCGGUGACGCGCUGUAUUCUCAGAAUGAAAAGGACUUCGUAGACCGCAUGAACCCGCAAUACCAGCUUCAGGAGCUGCUACAAGAAGAUGCAGCAUACUGGCUGGGGCUGUUAAGAAAGUUCUUCACUGAUGACCUGGUCACCAUCGUGGGCUCACCUAGCAUUGAUCUGCAAGCAAAAAUGGCAGAAGAAGAAAAAAAUAGGAUCGAAUCGCAAAAAGAAGAAUUGGGUGAGAGUGGAUUAGCUGAAAAAGCGCGUCUGCUCGAAGAGGCCACUGAAUUCAAUAAUCGUCCACCGCCUCCCGGCACGCUAGCGUCGGUGCCGGUGCCGUCGUGCGACAACCUCAAGUGCCACGUCAUCCAGACCUGGAGCACGGGCGGCGAGCCCUGCCCGCACUUCGACCUGAAAGAAGUACCUUUGUACACGAGGGUGCACAGCUUGAAGACCAACUUCGUUUAUAUCAACCUAGUCCUAGACAUGACGUCAGUGGACCAGAAGUGUCGCAAGUGGCUCCCUCUGCUGCUAAACGCGUUGGCCGAGUGUCCAGUCCGGCGUGGAGACAAGCUUAUCCCCCACGAGGACGUCAUCUCUACCACUGAACAGCUGACGGUGCUGUUCUCUAAUAACAUCGGAUUCAAUUCCGGAGGAAACUUCUCGGUUGGAAGCUAUGGGAAUUUCUUGCAUAUUGAUACGAGGUGUGAACCCCAAGAUUACGAAGAGGUUGUGAACCACUUGUACGAAAUUCUGUACACAGCUGAACUGACCAAAGAGAGGUUGCUGGUCUUCGCACAGCGGUUGAUCAACGAUGCAGCUCAGGUCCGUCGCAACGGCCACAAGAUGGUAUACGACACACUGCGCGACCUACUCUACUGUAAGGACAGUAACGUGCACUGGUGCUCCGUGCUACGUCAGCUCAAAUUCCUCAAGGAGCUGGUGGAGCAACUUAACGCGGGUGGAGACGCCGCUUCAGCUGCCCUCCGCGACGCUAAGGAGACCUUCAAGUGCAUCGCGGCGCGGCCGUGGCUGCACUUGGCGACGGACUUCGACCGCUACAAGCUGCGUACGGAGCCUUGGAAACAGUUUGCGCACGAGAACGAGAUCACGCCGCUAGAACCCCGGCUGUACAUGGACGCGUCAUUGAUGUCAGACGUCAGCGGCGGCUUCGUGGUGGGCGUGGGCGGCGUGGAAUCGUCGUUCCUGGUGCAACUGAGCGCCGGGCCCGCGGGCCACGCCGCCGCCGCGCUCGCGCCUCUCACCGUCGCGCUCAACUACUUCACGCAGCUCGAGGGCCCGAUGUGGCGGCUGAUCCGCGGCUGCGGGCUGUCGUACGGGUACGGCAUCCGGCCGUCGCAGCACGAGGCGCGCUUGGCCUUCUCGCUGUACCGCGCCAACAACGCCGUCGCCGCCUACUCCAAGACUAAGGCUAUCGUGGAGGAGUUCUUAGCGGGCGGCACGUUCGACGAAGAACUAUUCGCGUCGGCCAAGAGCACGGCGCUGUUCGAGGUGGUGCAGACGGAGAAGUGCCCGGCCGACGUCGUGUGCCAGUCGCUCUGCAACUACGUGCGCGAGGUGCCAGCCACCUACACGCGUGAGCUGGUGUGCGCGAUCGCCGCGGUGACAGCGGAGGAAGCACGUGAAGCCGCGGUCCGCUGGCUGGGCUCGCUGUUCACGCCGAGCGCCGCGCUCGCCAUCGUCUGCCACCCCACCAAGGUCGCAGACAUACAGACCGCCUUCGACAAGAUUGGCGUGAAAUUGGACGCAUUUGAAUCCAUGGAGGCGUCCCACUUCAACAACUGAGUGCUGCUAUGUAAGCAUAAGUAUACCUCUACCUACAUUAUAAAUACAUGAACCGUAUGUAAUUUUAUAAGUAUUUUAAAUAACCGGAUUAUUUAAAUGUAUAAGUAUAACGAAAGAUGAAUAUGUAUAAAUAACGCAGAAUUUUAAUCUUUUAAAGUGACUGUUUCUUGGCUGUGCCUUAUUUUAAAUAUUGAAAAACACUAUCUCCAGCUCAAAAACGCCCUUUUUGUUAAUAACAUUCACAUAAUUAUUAGUGUUUAAGUAAUAAAUAUUUACAUUAAUUGUAAUCGCGUUUUGUGUUAAAGAAAUAAAAAGCCAUUUAUUAAAUAUGAUAAUCAUUUUAAUUACCAUUUAUCUUAAAGCUAUGUCUAUACAAAAAAUAUAACUUAACUUAGUCAGAUAUUUAGUGAACAUCUUUAUAAAUCAUCUCACAACCGCUGCAACACCUGCUACAUAAAUUCUCAAACCCAUCCAUAGAAUAAUAUCAUUGUUCAACAUUGUUUUAACAUAAACACCGUU